AUGUCGACGUCGCAAGUGAGAAUUCAGCUCAGCACGAGGAGUCCGGAUAUCGAGCUGCCCGAGGACACUGGGCCGAUCCUCGUCUCGACCGGUAAGCACCACCUCGAANAGCUCCGCAGAUACCAGCUCUCAACUCUUGUCAACCGUCUGCUCGAGACCGAACAACCCGUCCCCUUCGAGUUCCUGAUCAACGGCCAAUUCCUCCGAACGUCGAUCGAUGAAUUCCUUACCGCCAACGGCAUCUCUGCCGAAACGACCUUGAACGUCGAAUACGUCCGCGCUCUGGUGCCGCCGUCGCACGUCGCCUCGUUCGAACAUGACGACUGGGUCAGCAGUAUCGAUCUUCUCUCGACCACUUCGGCAGCUGGAAGAUGGGCGGGCAAGAACUUUGCUGGUGCUGGGAAUGAGCGUCUGGUGUCGGCGAGUUACGAUGGACUGUUGAGGCUUUGGAACCAGAGCAAAGAGAUUUUGGCAACAAGUGGAGAUGGUGGACACAGUGGACCUGUCAAGAGUGUCAAAUUCUUGGAUCACUCGCGUCUGGUCUCAUCGAGUGUGGAUCGCAGUGUCAGAAUCUGGAACUACAACGACAGAGAGAUUACGCCCAAGGUUGAGCUGUUGGGACACACGGCCUCCGUGGAUAGACUGGCCGUACACACGCCCUCUCAGCGCAUCUUGACCGCCUCGCAAGAUCACACUGUCGGCAUCUUCAGCAGCGACAUCAAGAGCAACCCCUCAGCACCCGCACAUCUCCUCCCCAACCCCUCAAACAAGCGAAGGAAACCCAGCGUCACCGUGCCCCAGCGCGGUGCACUCGCUCUCCUGGCCGGCCACAAUGCACCAGUCUCGGACGUCACCUUCAAGCCCGACGAUGCCACAGUCGCCUACUCGACCUCCUGGGACCACACACUCAAGACCUGGGAUCUGGCCACCCACAGCUGUGUCGACACACGCGCAACCUCUCACCCUCUGGUUUCGGUCGCUGCUCUGCCUCAGUUGAACUUGGUUGCUGCAGGUACCACUGCCCGUCACAUUUCUCUCAUCGACCCUCGCGCUUCUGCAACCUCGAUUGUCGCCAUGACACUCCGUGGUCACAACAAUGCUGUUGUGUCACUCACACCUUCGCCCGACAACGGCUUUGUAUUCGCCUCUGGUGGCCACGACGGCAGCGUCCGCGUCUGGGAUGUCCGUAAUGCCAAAGCUGGUAAUGGCGGUGUCACCGAAGGCGGCAUGACCGGCGAAAGCAUCUUUGUUCUCGAGCGCGACGGCCAAGGCGAGAAGAAGCCGGUCGGUGGUGAGGGUAUCAAGGUCUUCGGUGUGCAAUGGGACGAAGCAUGGGGUAUUGUCAGUUGUGGCGAAGACAAGAAGGUGCAGGUUAAUCAGCCCAGGUAA